CACCCGCUCUGCCCCUCCAGGGCUGUGUGGGCCGGGCAGCCAUUUUGGGAAGAGAGCUUUGUUAUGGUUGCGGGCCCUCCGCUUCUGCUGGAUCGGGUCGCUGGGACGCGCCCUUAGACGCCGCGUUUGGUCCCUAGCCGUGGCCCCGCCGCUACCCGUGAUAGCUUCCAGUGGCCUUUUAAAUGAUUGAAUAAUGGAAAUGGAUCCAAAAUAAUAAGUGACUUCUCUACUGAAACAGUAGAAGAUUUCUUCAUAUCGCCUUCCAGUGGCUAACUAAAUUCAGUCUUCAGGAAGGGACCGAACAAGUGAAAUACAGAAAACUGAAGAGAAGAAAACCUCACUUUGGAACUCUCCUUGACUGUCCUUAACCCCUAUCUUUCUCCUUGUGAACUUAUAAAUAGUGAAGACCAAAGAAAUAGAAGAUACAUUUGGGUGGGAGCUUUAUACCAAGAAAUUUGCCUUGAAAGCUGCUAUUUGGCAGGAAAAGUACAUCAAGUUCCUGUCUGAUUUUUUUUUUUUUAACAAGAUUUCUUAUGUCCUUAGAUUUUGAAGGAUAAGACAAAUAUAAGUACAUGUCUGCACACUGUUUUUAGCAGCUGUGUAAGAAUAAUGAGAUUUGUAAAUUAAGGGCUUUGUCAUGUGGCUGUUUUGCCAUAGGAGUUGACUACUCAGAUCUUUGGGAGCUCUUUAAUGUUGUAUUUCUGAUCUGUUACUUUGAUGACAUUAUUUGCCCACACGAGUCCACCUCUCUUUUCUAACUAUGGCCUUGUUAUGAACAGUGUUUAAGCUCACUGUGCAAAUGUCAAUGUUUUAUCCAUUUAAGCAACAUCAUAUUGCCAUCACUGCAGUGAUGCAUGAGGAAGUUGCAUGAGGUGAACAUAGACAUAGCUCUUUCCCCUUCCCCCCAUUUUUUAAAUGUAACAAAUACUUUUUAUGUUCCCCUUCCCCCCUCCCCCUUUCCCCUUCCCCCUUUCGGAAACGUGUCAAGAGCUAGAUAGUUUAAGAUGAGCAAUUGAGGGGACUGAGAGUGAUCCACACAGAGCCUGGCUUCUUUGUGCUUCAUCACAAGGCGUGCUGCUGGCCAGCCAAAUUAAGUACCCUUUUAACGAGAACCACGUGGGAAAUCCAGCUGGCAGACUCAAGGAGUUCAGGAAACAGGACCACGGAGGUUACACUCUGGGAUCCUGGCAAUGAGGUUGGAUGCCUCACCUUACUGAAAAGAGACACUGGACCUAAAUGGCGCAGCAUGACUUUGUGCCUGCUUGGCUAAAUUUCUCAACACCACAGUCAGCUAAGUCACCUACAGCCACCUUCGAAAAACACGGAGAGCACCUACCCCGAGGAGACCGUAGAUUUGGAGUAAGCCGUCGUCGACAUAAUUCCUCUGAUGGCUUUUUUAACAAUGGAUCGCUACGGACUACAGGAGAUACCUGGCAUCAGCCCUCCCUUUUCCGCCAUGAUUCUGUGGACUCUGGUGUCUCAAAGGGAGCAUAUGCUGGAAUCACAGGGAAUCCGUCUGGUUGGCAUGGCUCUUCCCGAGGUCAUGAUGGCAUGAGCCAGCGUAGUGGGGGUGGCACAGGGAACCAUCGCCACUGGAAUGGCAGCUUCCACUCCCGGAAAGGCUGCGUCUUUCAGGAAAAGCCACCUACAGAGAUUAGGGAAGAAAAGAAAGAAGACAAGGUGGAAAAGUUGCAGUUUGAAGAGGAAGACUUUCCUUCUUUGAAUCCAGAAGCUGGCAAACAGAAUCAGCCAUGCAGACCUAUUGGGACCCCUUCUGGAGUGUGGGAAAACCCACCUAGUGCCAAGCAACCCUCCAAAAUGCUAGUCAUCAAAAAAAUUUCCAAAGAGGAUCCUGCUGCUGCUUUCUCUGCUGCAUUCACCUCACCAGGAUCUCACCAUGCAAAUGGCAACAGGUCAUCAACCAUGGUUCCAAGUGUCUAUAAAAACCUAGUUCCUAAGCCUGCACCACCUCCUUCCAAGCCCAGUGCAUGGAAGGCUAACAGAAUGGAACACAAAUCAGGAUCCCUUUCUUCUAGCCGGGAGUCUGCUUUUACCAGUCCAAUCUCUGUUACCAAACCAGUAAUACUGGCUGGUGGAGCAGUUUUAAGCUCUCCCAAAGAGAGUCCCUCCAGCACUACUCCUCCAAUUGAGAUCAGCUCCUCUCGUCUGACCAAGCUGACCCGCCGAACUACAGACAGGAAGAGUGAGUUCCUGAAGACUCUGAAGGAUGACCGGAUUGGAGACUUCUCAGAGAACAGGGACUGUGACAAGCUGGAGGAGCUGGAGGACCACAGCACACCUGAACCAAAGGAAAAUGGAGGGGAAGGCUGUCAUCAGAAUGGCCUUGCUCUCCCUGUGGAGGAGGAAGGGGAGGUGCUGUCACACUCUCUGGAAGCAGAGCACAGGUUACUGAGAGCAAUGGGAUGGCAGGAGUAUCCCGAAAAUGAUGAGAACUGCCUCCCUCUCACAGAGGAUGAGCUUAGAGAGUUCCACAUGAAGACAGAGCAGCUGAGAAGAAACGGCUUUGGGAAGAAUGGCUUCUUGCAGAGCCGCUGUUCCAGCCUUUUCUCCCCUUGGAGAAGCACUUGUAAAGCAGAGUUUGAGGACUCAGACACAGAAACCAGUAGCAGUGAAACAUCAGAUGACGAUGCCUGGAAGUAGGCAUAUAAAUGCUCACAAAUCUGACCCAGUAAAUUCAGCUUGUGUGUUUAGGGAAUAUACAAGAAAUCAUUCUUUUCCUUUUCUUACGUUGUUGUAAACUUCAUGCACAAGGGAAAUAAUCAUAUCCCAGAGAGAGCAAUUGGCUUGUUCUGCUUUUGUUGUUUGUUCCCUGUUGAUCUGCUUAAUAGAAGUUUGUGUGGUGGGAAAGACUCCUAAAGUACACGUGCACGCACACAGUAUAUGGGGCGAUGCACAGGUGGAAGCCAGCAGUGCAGAGAGGAGACGCUGGUCUGCGGCGCAGCUUCUACUACCAGCCCUUGGGGGCACUCACCCCUGUGCUCAAGCAAUCAUUGUCAAUGACAAAGUGACUAUUGAAAUUAUAAUUGUAUUAAAUUAAUGCUAAUAAUUUGGAUAUUUUAUUUUAUUUUUGGCUGCUCGGGUAACAUUAGCCCUUUAACCAAGCCUAUGUGGUUUUCUUUCUUUUUUUUUUUUCUUUUUUGGGUACAGCUGUAAAAUAUUUGGAUAUAGGAAAUGUGUUAUUCUUGCAGCCUUGAUAUUCAGGGUGGUUGUAAAAUAUAAAUUUUUGUGAGAUUUCAAAGAUUAAGAUUAUUUUGAUAACAUUAUUUACAGAUUUAAAAGGUGGUUAUCACAAGUCUGUCAAGGGGGGAAACUACUGCAUAAAAUAACUAACUUGGAAUAAAUAUUUUGCAUCAGU